GGGGGAGGGAGGGUUCCUCCUCUGAUGAUGAUGGCAGAAGAGAGUAUAUCACUCUCCAAAGACCCUGAAAGCUCUGGAACUUCUACACCCGAGACCCCCACUCUGAAAGACUUAGAAGAGCUCCUGAAUACUGGGAGGCCCUCCUGUAACCAUGUUGAUGAAGUCUGGCCUAAUCUUUUCUUAGGAGAUCUUGUUAUAGCCCAUAACACGUUUGGUUUAUGGAAAAUGGGCAUUAGCCAUGUCUUGAAUGCAGCCCACGGAAACAUAUAUUGUAAAGGAUCCCAUGGGUUUUAUGGAGCUGCUAUUGAAUACUACGGAGUACCAGCACAUGACCAUCCUGCUUUUGACAUAAGCCCAUUCUUUUAUCCAGCUGCAGAAUUUAUACAUAAAGCCUUGGCUACACCAGGAGCUAAACUCUUGGUACAUUGUGCUGUUGGGAUAAGCAGAUCAUCUUCUUUGGUACUGGCAUAUCUCAUGAUAUAUCAUCAUUUGUCUUUGGUUGAAGCAAUUCAAACAGUGAAAAGCCAUAGAUGGAUUUUCCCCAACCGUGGAUUUUUGAAGCAACUGAGAAGUUUGGACAUUCAUCUAAGGAAAAAUACUCAGCAAAAGGAAGAGGGGAAAUCUUGAUUAUCAGAAAAAAUUACAUUUAGUCAUUGAAAAUUUCCACUAUUUACUGUUGUUCAUAUUGAUGUUCUAGUUAUGAAAAACAAAAGACAAUUCAUGCUGGUAGCUAUAUUCGCAGAAAUUAUGUUGAUCAAUAACAUUUAUGCAAAAGCUGACAAGUGUGUGCCUUUUUCCAGGCAUUUGUCAUAAAAACAAUAUUGGUAUGCACAAAAUUUUAUUUUAUUUUUGUUUGCCUUGCAAGAAAUUGGCAGGUCAACCUUAUAAGAAAGAUUUAUGGCAAAGAAAGUGAUUGGCCUAAAAUCAUACAGCUUAAUUACAUAUCAGCAGUGGAAGCUGAACCCUAGGAUCCUUUGUAUAUAUGCUCCGGGACCCAUCCAGACUCUUCUUCCUCAAAUCUAGAUGCAGUAAGAUAAGGAGCAAGUAUACAAGUGGUGGGAUGAACACAGACCCGAGUAUGUAUUCAGAUCAUAACAACUGGAACUCAUUUGACACAAUAUGAUCUCUCAGGCUGAAUCUACCCUGCCAUAUUAAUCCAGUUUCUGAAUCCAGAUUAUCUGAUUUUAAUUGGAUUAUAUAAAUCUACACUACCAUGUAAUCCAGUACAAAAGAAACUGAGUGCCUGUGCAGGCCUGAGUAGCGCGCUCCCACUAUUGUUUUAGUAUUACAGUAUAUUGAUAUUUUAUCUUUUUCCUAGUUGUGAUGGAUGCCAGUGAUUUUAUUUUUGAAAUGUCAACCAAACUGGUUAGUUUAAAGCCAGCUCUCUCUUUGGCCAAAAAUACAAAAGGCCCCUUACCACUCAGGAAAUAUCUUGUGGAUGACAAUGUGAAGAUGAAGCAGAGGUAGGAAAUAAAUCCUUCUUUAUCUCCUUCA